UUUAACCCUAGCUAGUUGUACUACGUUAAUAAAAGCACAGUUUGUGUAAUCCAUCCGAGAUGAUUUCGGCAUAAUGAUGGAUCACAAAAUGGAGAAAAGUCCUGCUAUCAAUAGCAAAGACAUGGUGGAAUGGGGAGUUAAGCAAGCUAAACUUGCAGUUGCUGUUGCCAUAAUAAAGAGUAAACCUCCUGGGAUAAGUGGUCGACAGCACGCUGAACAUUUGGCCAGUAAGCUGAGGAGCCAGGAUGAGAACUGGAAGAAAAAGUUUCAUCAGCUGCAGGGGGAAGUGCUUAGACUUCGCCAAGAGCUCCUUCUCAGCCGGAUGCAUGCAAAGCCAAACAACGACAGUGAAACGGUGACUUGUGUUGGAGAUGGCGUCUGUGAACUGCCCUCUCAGGACCUAGCGGGCUCGGCGACAGACCCGCUCACCUCCAACAUGGACUCCGGCUGUGGGACGGACCACACAGAGACCACUACAGACGCUGAGCGGCCAGCCUCCCCGCUCGCCACCUGCGCGCGCCUCCCGACCUCCGGGCUGUGUGAGGCAGGGCUCCAUGGGAAGGCCGCGCUCCUCCACAUGCAGUUCCUCCAGAGCCUGUUGGGCCUGAGCAGGGCAGACUGGGAUGCUGUGGGUACACCGGCCGGAGAGCUCGGCCCGGACGGAGACGGGGACGGGUCGGUGAUGGCGGACUCGGUGUCCCAGCUGCUGACGUGUUUGGCGGCGGCGGCGAGUGGGGACGUUCGACCCCUGACCCCUCAGUCACUGCUCGGCCAGGCGUCUCGGGUGGCAGCCCGGGCGGUGGACGCCUGGCUGUCCCACAGGGAGCCCCCCCCGCGGUUUGCGGCACACGUGGAAGGCGUCCUGGAUGAGCUCGUUGGGAUGCUGCUGUGCAAUGAUCAGCUGAACAGGUUCCGGGUUCAGGAGAGGCUGACAGAAUGCCUGGUCCUACUGGGUGGGAGCUGCUACCUGAGGUCGCUGCUCAUCAGUCACGGGCUGUCUGAGAUCAACCGGAUGGCAGAGCAUCUUUGGAUCACCUGCCAGGCAGGGCCACAGCCAGAGGAAACGGACGUCAGAACUUGUUCUCGUAAAGGGAAUUUGCAGCUAAAAGGGCAAUUCCAUGCAAAGUCGCUGCGGCCUGCCGUGCGGUUCGUCUCACGGCCCGGCAACGGGUUUGAAGAACGGUCAGAUUAAGAGCAGCGGAGGGGUUGCUAGACCAUUAAAUAGCUGGAAUCAAAGUCGUCCUCAGCCCCACAAAGCAGCGCAGAAUCUCAUUAGAGCCCUAACUGAGAGGGGAAAUCGAGCUAUUUGAUCAAAGUCCAUGUUAUGAGGAAACAAAGCCUGGAGUCACCAGUGCAUCUGUAAAUUGCCUCCUCCUUCCGUGGCCUUUAGACAUUCAGUGCCGAUGCCGAUGAGCCCUUGGGCCUACAAAUGGGUUGGGCCUCACUAACUAACAUGGACAUUUCAAUUUCAAAGUUGGGAUAACAUUUUGUCUCUCUCUGAAGGCCAUUUGCCUUCCACAGCCAGGUCUUCUAAUUGUUUUCAUCUUGUGAAUUUAAAAAGCGGCGUAUAUCUCCACAGUUCCUUUAGCAAGAGGCAGUGUGAGGCAGGAUGCUAAUCUGUUUCAGGGCCUUUCCCCAAAAUCCUUUCCCCAAUGCUGAAUACAGACCGUCACCUGGUCCCAUUUUUUUGACUUUUUAGUCUUUGGUAUGGUGGUU